AAUCAAUCUUCAUGUGAAUCUUCCCAGCACACAAACCAAUCAGGAAGAAGGAAAACUCUACAACCACCUUAUUACCUGUCUGAGAUUUAAUAUAUUCAGCCAACUGCCAAAUUUCCGGCGAAGCUUCACAUCUCCUCCUUGGCCUAGACAAACAUGGGAAAUGCAGCACUUUGUGCGCCAUCGAUCCUCUCAAGUGGUGCAAUCAAGAUACUUUCGAGCGAUGGGAGGCUGACGGUGUACACAAGAACACCCCUGAAAGCAGCAGAGAUCAUGUCGGAAAAUCCAGGUCAGUUUCUAUGCGAGCCAAACGAUCUAAAAGUGGGACAGAGGAUUGCAGGGAUGUCCGGCGAGGAAGAACUGGAGAGAGGGCAGCUCUACGUCCUUCUCCCGAUGGAAAUGCUCUACUCGGUGCUUACAACCGAGGAGAUGAAUUCCUUGGCGCAUGUAACUACCAAAGGAUGGAAGCAUGCAGCAGGUACACUUAGUUUUUCGAGGAUAUUUCCGGAGUUCUGUCUCUUCCCUAGUGUUUCGGAGGUUAGAGCAGUCGAGGGUUCGGCCGGCCGGCUGGAGAUGAAUGAUAGGUUGAUGACAAGGCAGAGAUCUUGGGAGCCUGCUUUGGAAACCAUUGUUGAAACUCCUCCACAUGCUUGAUGAUGAGUGUUCUUUGUUUUUUUUUUUUUUUUUGGUUGGGUGUUGUGUAAAAAUGUUUGUGGUUUUAGACUUAUGUUGAUUCAUUAUUUUGUUUGAUUUUUAUUCAUUGAUUCCUAUUUUGUUACCUGGGAUCGCAGUAUAUAUAUAUAUAUAUAUGUUUUAUUUCAAUUAA